AUGGCGAGUACUGCUACGCAUCGAGCGGAGCGUCUAGUCGGGGAUGAAGUUUGGGACCCAGAAACCCAAGAGGUUCACGGCGGUCAGACGUGGCAACGCUGCGGAGACGCGUUCGUGGAGGACUUUUCCGUCACCACAAAUGCGUUAGGGGCACCGGCGUCCGCACUUGGUGCUGCGCGAGAAGCUCUCAGCCUGGUCCACCAUUACCCCGCGGCGGACUGUGCCGAGGCCCUUAGAGCGCUGUCAGCGUUUUUAGGCGGCUGGCCGACAGAUCAGCUCCUUCUCGGCAACGGUGCGAGCGAGUUCAUCGAUCUCGUGAUGCGUGUCGCAACCCGAGCCGGCGGUGGCGUUUGUCGAACUGGCCCCUACGAAGCUGCGUACCGGGAAUACGACAGGGCGGCACGGGCCGCAGCUCGGCGGGUUUGUACCUGGGCCGAUACCGAAAACGGCGACGCGCUCACGCUCGGAGAGCAGGUCGGUGUCACCGUGAUUGUGCACCCGAACUCUCCGACUGGAGACUGUGCUUCCCUCGAGCAACUGGAGGCGUGGAUUCGAACCCCGAGCCCAGUAGAGGCGCCCGAUGCGGUCUUCGUAAUUGACGAGUCCUUCAUGCCGUUUCAGGGUCCACAAUGGCGAGCGCAGUCUGCGCUGCAGCUCGUGGAACGGUACCCGUCUCGAGUUCUGGUCAUCCAGUCGUGGACGAAGCUAUGGUGUUGUCCAGGGCUGCGGCUGGGUUCCAUCGCCGGAUCCAAAGCUUGGAUUCGAGAGUUGAAGCGCCUGCAAACGCCGUGGAGCUGUAACACGAUGGCGCAGGCGUUUUGCGUCGCUGCCGCAUACGAUACCGCCUACAUGCAAUCAACGUGGCAAUUGCUGCCUAAAUGGCGGGAACGGCAGGAGCAGCUCUUGAAAGCGUUUCCGCUGCGCUGGAGUGUGAAUGAGAACAGCCCCCGAUGGGUGCCUUGGGUCUACGUCAACUGUGGCAGUGCGGAGAUCGCUGAACGUGCAACGGCCUGUGCUUUCCGGGCCGGAUGCCCCGUGAGAUGGUGCGCGUCCUUUGGUCGACCGACGUGUCUGCGUCUUGGCGUACGCGCACCCGAGAAACAGGAUAUUCUCAUGAGCGCACUUCGAAUGGAAUUCGCCUCGGACGGCUACGAGGCGUCAUCGUAG